AUGUUUGUGAUGGAUCUCCCGAAGAAUUUUUUCAUGGUUCGUUUUGGAGUAGAGGAGGAGUAUAUGAAUGCGCUAUCAGGUGGCCCAUGGAGGGCUUUUGGGAGUUACCUUAUGGUGCAAGCAUGGACGCCUGAGUUUGAUCCGCUGAGGGAUGAGAUAGUUACGACACUGGUUUGGGUUCGUUUAGCACAUAUCCCAGUUAAUUUUUAUCAUAAAACGAUACUGAUGGGGAUUGCCAAGGGGUUAGGAAAACCGAUUAAGGUUGACUGCACCACGCUAAAAGUCGAAAGAGCUAGAUUUGCGAGAAUUUGUGUGGAGGUUAACCUUAAUAAGCCAUUGAAAGGGACAGUGAUGAUUAAUGGUGAGAGGUACUGCGUAUCAUAUGAAGGAAUCUCGACGAUCUGCUCGUCAUGUGGUAUGUAUGGACAUCUAGCCUAUUCAUGCCCACGUAAGGUACUGGAGGAAACUCCUAUAAAUGCGGUUCUUCCAGUGGACAUGACACAAAAGAAUACGGAGGUUGCAGGUAUGGAUACAUAUUUUAUCCCAGUGAGACAGGCGAGGAAAGGGCUAACUCAGAAUGGGCAGAGAGGAGUUACACUGCGGAAUAAUGAAAGUAGGGAGAUGGUAGAAAAUAAGACGUUGAUUGGUAGUAAAAGUCGGGGGGCUCGUCAAGAGAGUAUGUCGGAGGAGAUAAGGGUUUCGAAUAGGUUUGGAGGGUUGAAUGUGGAGGAGGAUACGGAGGAACAAGUGGAGGAGAGUGGGAAUAGAGAAGAGAAUAAAGAAAAUGAGAAUACUACUAAUAUAGUUUAUGGAGGAGCGAGCAAAGAGACUGGGAAGGAAUUCUCAUUUGGAAAGAAUGGGAACAUAGGGAACCAACAACCAGCUCGAUUGGGUCCAAAAGAUAAGAAGAUUAGCAACAUGAGAGGCCCAAAUCCUUCUAAGACCAAACUGAGAAAUGUUGGGCCUAUGCGUGGUUUGGUGUUUGGCCCAAUAAGUGGGGAGAGUGGUCUGUCAGUGAGAGGGAAGAGACUACGAGUAGAGAAGGAAAAUGUCGGCCGACCAGGUGGUGUUUUCGCAGGAGAUGGGGAGCUAGACAGAAAUGAGAAGAAUUUUGGGCAUGUGUACGAUAAAAGCAACGCUUAA